CUUGGAGGCUAUACAUACAUACAUUCAAUACAGUUUCCCCAAAUCACAAUUUUACCCAAAUCACACCCUUGCCACUCAUGUGGCCCACUGGCAUGGAAUCCCUGGACAGCAUCCAUGGUCAGGAUCGACAUAGUUUACAAGACCUACACCAAACCCAAACCAAUUAGGAGCAGACUGAUCUGCGUUGGAAUGGUCAGACUCAUCAUGCAACGGUGAAAGCAACAGGUGUCCUAAACUUUCUGAGGCGCAACUUUCAUCAUUGUUCAACUUCUGACAAGGAGAAGCUAUACUUCAUUUGGACUACGCAGUUGCAGCAUGGGACCCAUACACAAAUAAAAACAUUUCUUCCAUCGAACGUGUCCAAAGACAGACAGGCAGCUCGAUUUGUUACUAACACCUAUGAGAGAGAAGCGAGUGUCACCAAACUUCUGAAUUCUCUGGGGUGGAACCCUCUCCAAGACAGACACAGGUGAAGCUCACCGUUUCACAAAAUGUUAAAUGGUCAGCUCGACAUAGACUACAAGACCUACACCAAACCCAAACCAAUUAGAAGCAGACGAGGGCAUUCGAUCCAAUUUGUGAUCCAGCUACAAAGACAGAUGUGUACAGCAAUUCGUUCUUCCCCCGCACACACAAUUAAAGCACGGAAUAAUCUCCACCCAACUAUAGUUACCCAACCAGAUGCAACUCAAUUUAAAGUAGCUCUUUCUUCCCAAUAACCCUUUCUGGCUUAAGUCCUCCCUCCACCACCUCCACAGUUUAAAUUCCAAUUGGAAUAUUUUGGAGGACCAAGAAAUGAAGAAGAACCAAGAACCCGGGUCUCUUUGGCUGUGUUCUGCGCCAAGCCACUUUCUCACACCCAAUUUACUCCUUCCCCUGCAUGGUGCGAUCCAUCAAGUUAAUCGAAAGAGCAGGCUUUGUUUAAUAAGAGCUGGUUCUGCAAUUCGAUUUUAACAGGUGUUUUUUCGGAGUCACAAUUCACAGAUGAAGCUGCGAGAACGACAGGACUGCAAUGCCAAUCAUUGCAAGAUCCAAUUGGAAUUAAUGAAAGGGGCAGGUUCACUUUGCAUAUACAAACAACCUGUGGAGAAACAUCGGACAAGACGGACUUUAAACCUCUGCAGAGGCUAUUCUGAAAAUGUUUCUUUUACCUAAUAUUUUCCAGGAUUCUGUCUUUGCACCGAUUGGAGCAUUGGCAUGCCUUUAUUACGUGGGAAAGUUCAGUUGGAAUCUGCUAUUAGGCGUCAGGAUUUAUGUUCUGUCCAAAUUUUGGCGGACAGAUCUGUCGUACUUUGGGGAAUGGGCUGUUGUAACAGGUGCAACCAACGGGAUUGGAAAAGCCUACGCUCAUGAGUUGGCAAGAAGAGGACUCAAUAUUGUGCUAAUCAGCCGUUCGCUGGAGAAGCUGAACGCCACAGCAAAAGAGAUAGAACAGCAACAGGGCAAGAAGACCAAGAUCGUUCAGGCUGAUUUCACCUCCGGACCUGACAUCUAUGGACCUAUUGAAGCAGCACUGAAGGAUCUGAACAUUGGAAUCCUUGUAAACAAUGUUGGGAUGACUUAUGAUGUGCUUCCAUGUUACUUCCUGGAUGUCCCAAAUGUGAAAAAGGCAAUUACUGAUAUCGUGAAUUGCAACGCCCUUUCGGUGCCAAUGAUGACCAGCAUUGUCCUGCCACAGAUGCUUGAAAGGAAGAAAGGUGUCGUGAUCAACAUCUCAUCAGAAGCUGGAACUCAUCCACACCCCAUGCUUGCCAUGUAUGCAGCGACUAAGGUUUUUAUUACCUUCUUUUCUCGAGCACUGAAUGUUGAGUACAAGCCGCAGGGAAUUAUCACACAGUGUGUGAUGCCACUCAUGGUCUCCACCAACUUGACCCAUGAUAUAGAAGUCAAUUAUUUUGUGAAGCAAGCAGAUGACUAUGUCCGAGAAGCUCUGAACACUGUUGGAAUAACAGAGCAGGCUCGUGGCUGCUUAUCACAUGCACUUCAACAUUUCUUCGUGGACAAUCUGUUUCCGGAAUGGUUCCGACUAUCCCAGUUCGGCAUAAAUAUGUUACAACAAAUUACUGAAAAGAGAAAACCUGCAAUGGAUAAAUGGCGCAAGAAGUACAAGGCAAAUUAGUAUCAACAUGGUUCAAGAGGAUGAGGUGGUGCUGAGGGAAUGACACCUUCAGUAUUGUUCUGACAUUAUGUUAUUGGGUGCUUUGUUUGCCAUUAGGUGUUUAGGUACAAUGAUAUUUUAUGUUAUCCAUGUAGUUGAAUGAGUGACACAGAUUUUAAAAAAAUCAACUAUGAUCUUGGCAGUCUUAGAGUGACACAGGUCCUUCGGCCCAACUCGUAUCGUUACAGUAUCUGCCUCAACUACUUUCUCUGGCAGCUUUCUCCAAAUAACCACCAGUGAAUGAACCUCAGGUUCCUAUUAGGGAAAGAAAUAGUUGACGUUUUGGGUCAAGACCCUUCUUCAGACUGAUGUGGGGGUGAGGGGGUGUCCCUCAUCAGUCUGAAGAAGGGUCUCGACCCGAAACGUCGCCUAUUUCCUUCGCUCCAUAGAUGCUGCCUCACCUGCUGAGUUUCUGUCUACCUUCGAUUUUCCAGCAUCUGCAGUUCCUUCUUAAACAUCAAGUCCGUAUUACAUCAUUCCCCUCUCUCCUUAAACCUCUGUUCCCUGGUUCUUGAUUUCCCCACUCUGGGUAUAAGACUGUGCAUUGACCUUAACUAUUCCCCGUCAUGAUUUUAUACAUGUCUAUAAGAUUACCUCUCAACCUCCUGCUCUCCAAGGAAUAAAGUCCCAGCCCGUCCAACCCCUCUAUAUGGCUCAGGGCCUUGAGUCCUGGCAACAUCAUCGUAAAUCUUCUCUGCACUUUUUCCGGCAUAAUCACAUCCUCCCUGACCUGGUUUGAUUUCCCAAAAUUCAACUCCUCGCACUUAUCUGCGUUAAAGUCCAUUAGCCAUUCCUCGGCCCAUGCGCACACACGCGAGGCUUCGGCCGUGGGCCCUGUGGACGGUCACAUCGGGAGCUGACCUGGUUGGUGACCAACGUCCGAACUCUAGCAACAACAGCUUCAUCCACCCCGAAUCGUGGAGCUUGAAUCGGCCUGUUCGCGGGGCCUUUCAAUAGCCGGCGGGGCCUUCAACAUCGGGUGCUUCGAUCGCCUCGAUGCAACAAUUUGAUUUUAAUCCGCGCUGGACGCUGAAAGGCCCUGUGAACGGGCCGAUUCAGCCCUUAGAAAAUGUCUGAUAAAGUCCGGAUUACAAAACAUGAGGGGGAUUGUCCACCACCUCACAAAGCAUGGGGAGGGGUCCCCUCUGUUUCUCCAGGAUUUCCGCCCAUGUCUAUGAUACCACCUUCUUUACUGUCAUCUUUUUGAAUAGUGCAGCAACAUAAGAGCCAAAUAACCUUCUGUUGCUUCUAUUGAUACUAAUCAUUAUCAGGACAAAAGAUGCGGAUGUUAUGGUCUUGGAUCCUAAACUACACAACACCUCACAAACACAGCGCCCGUCCACUCCAUCGAACAUCUCCUGUCUAGUUUAUGAAAUGCCCUGUGGCUCCUGCAUGGGUCUCAUCAACUAUCUCAGAUUCUACGAAACCAGAUAGGAAACAUGACAUCCUCAAUCCUGAGGUCCAGCUGGAUAAGAAAACCAGAAAUGGGUUUUUGGGAGUUAGAAGGUCCUUGGUGUUUGGCAAUGGAUUAAGAUGAAAACUGUAAAGUAAGUUCUUCCAUAAGAUGUACAGGAAUUGUAGAUCAGUGUAUGCAAGAUUAUUAAAAUCAGAAUCAAAUCUCUUUGCUGACAAAUUUAGUGGAACACUGAAUGGCCAUGCCAUAUUGUGCAUUAAAUCUGUUAUCCAAGGAGCCAAGUAUAUCAUUGUGUGUACUUAAUAUUAUAUGUAAUUUUCUGAAAUAAAUAUAUUACAGUACAGCACAGGAACAGAUUAUUUGGCCCGCCAUGUCUGUACUGACCAGAUAGCCAAUCUGACAAGCAGUGUGUGAAAAGACUCACAAUACAAUUUUAAAAUUUAAAUCUGAAGAAGGGUCUCGACCCAAAACUUCACCCAUUCCUUCUCUCCAGAGAUGCUGCCUGUCCCACUGAGUUCCACCACCAUUUUGUGACUACAUACAAUUUUUAAAUUUUGAUUGAGGUUAAUUAUUGUCCAGUCAUAUCCCUGCAAGACAAGUUGAGUUAAUA